AUGUGCGGGGGGAUGGCGGCGCAGGGUCCGGGCGGGCCGCGGUGCUGGCAGAACCGGCGGGCGCGGUUGCUGUGCAUGCUGGCGCUCACCUUCCUGUUCUUCGUGGUGGAGGUGGCGGUGAGUCGCAUCACGUCGUCGCUGGCCAUGCUCUCCGACUCGUUCCACAUGCUCUCCGACGUGAUGGCCCUGGUCGUGGCGCUGGUGGCCGUGCGCUUCGCCCAGCGCACCCGCGCCACCAAGAAGAACACGUUCGGGUGGGUGCGGGCCGAGGUGAUGGGCGCCCUCGUCAACGCCGUGUUCCUCACCGCCCUCUGCUUCACCAUCCUGCUGGAGGCCAUCGAGCGCUUCACGGAGCCCCACGAGAUCCAGCAGCCGCUGGUGGUCAUCGCCGUGGGGGUGGCGGGGCUCAUCAUCAACCUGCUGGGGCUCUGCCUCUUCAACCACCACGGCGCCGGGGGCCACGGGCACGCCCACGGCCACGGGCACUCGCACAGCGGCCGGCAGCAGCACCCCCGCGGCGGCCCCAAGCCCGAGCAGCCGCCGGGGGACGCGGAGGCUGCGCUGCACCGCGAGGAGACCAGCACCUUGGUGGAGAACUGCAGCGGCUCCAACGGAGUCGGCCAGGAGAAGCUGGGUGAUAUGAAAGAUGACCUGAGUGACGUACAAGUGAAUGGGAAUGCUGGCCAUUAUCCUCUAGAUGAAGAGGAAGUUGAAGAAGACUCUAGUGCACAACUUAACAUGCGUGGAGUUUUUCUGCAUGUUUUUGGAGAUGCCUUAGGUUCAGUAAUUGUGGUAGUGAAUGCCUUGCUCUUUUAUGGCUUGUGGAAUCCAUGCCCUGAAGAUGGGCCUUGCUUUAAUCCAUGUGUCAAUGAUCAUUGCAUGGAAAAUGCUACUUUAUCCCAAGCAUUUGGCAGAGCUAACAAAUCCGAGCAAGAGAGCAUUACGGUGGCUGGUCCUUGCUGGUUGUUAUACUUAGAUCCUGUCCUCUGUUUGAUUAUGGUCUGUAUACUCCUUUACACAACUUACCCGUUACUUAGGGAGUCAGCCCUCAUCCUUCUACAGACUGUUCCCAAACAAAUAGACGUCCAUUCUUUGAACUCAAAGUUACGUACCCUCGAAGGAGUCGAAGCAAUCCACGAAUUACACAUUUGGCAGCUAGCAGGCAGUAGGAUCAUUGGCACUGCUCACAUCAAGUGUCCUGACCCUUCCACGUACAUGAUGGUGGCCAAGCGCAUCAAAGAGAUCUUUCACGACGAAGGGAUUCAUGCAACUACCAUUCAGCCUGAGUUUGCCAGCGUUGGCUCCGAGUCAGGGAGAGGGAAAUGCGAGUUGCCUUGCAGGACUCAGUGUGCUUUGAAGCAGUGUUGCGGAGCAGGAGAAGAUAGUACUGCAAAGAAGACAGAAAAAUCCUCGUCACUUAGUAUUUCUUGUUCAGAAGUUGUCAUUGAAUUUCCGAAAACGAGGAGGACUAAGUCGGAGAGCAUCCCUUCAGUGAAGCUGGAGGCCAACACCGAUCAGAACGAGCAGUUUGAGUCAUCUUUGUAACUCCCUGAAGGGUGCUACCUGAGUUGUGGAGACUUUGUUAACAGCCGUGUUGCAAGAGGAAGAGACAGACAUUUGAGAUGCAGUUUUGCCAAAUAGUGUAAUUGCUGAAGUCCUUGUUCUUGUCAUAUUGCUAAAUAUAGAAUGCUUGUUUUAAAGAAUAUAAUGUCACUGUCAUGAUACAAUGUGUUUGUGUUGACUUUGUUUGACUGAGACAGACAGUGCACCCAUGCUGUAACACUUCAGAAAACCAGUUUCAACAUUUCAGCAGAGACACUUUUUGCUGUGCUUCAAAUUAAGAUACCUUUUUCCAGUGAAAAGGUAUUUGAGGGAUAAGCAUGUAGGAACUCAAUUUGUGUUACAGAUUUCUUGGACCUACUUUUUCAUUUAAUAUUUGAUUUGUAGAUAUCUUAAUAUAUUGUUUAUUUAGAAGCCCUAAGAAAACCAAAGUUCAUAGAACAUUUAAAAAAUAUAUACUAAAAACUGGAAACCACUUUGCAGUUUCACGUAUUUUUCCUAAAGUUAUGUAAUAAUAAUAAAAAAUGUGAAGGCUUUUCUAAUAAAUUUAUCGCACAGCAUAUUUUAAAGACAACAUCAUGUGAUUGUCAGAAAUUGUCCCCUCUUCUUCUGGUAAGGUAGCAAGGUAAUUGAAAACAACAGAUGUGAAAGGGUUUUUUCCUGUCAGAAUGGCAGUUCGAGCUACUGUAUACUGCUCUGUGGUCAAGACAUGAGACUGGUCGAUGAAGUAACACUUCAUACACAUAAAUGCACAAAGACUUGUACAUUUUAUGGAUUUUCUGUUUUUUUCCCCCCUUACUUCCAAGUUGGUUCUGGUCAUGAAAGUCUUUGGGGUUUAAAGAACCCUUGACUCAACAGUGCUAUGAAUAAAUAUUUAGCUGAUGCUGAGUUUACGAAGAUAAAAUAAUUAGUUCUGUCAAUAAGUGCUCUAUUGGGGAAGGUCUGCCAAGCACCGACAACAUAAGUCCUGCUUUCAAGCACAGACAGCAGCUCCCCAACAAGUAAUGUAAGGGUGCAUUUUGCCUCUAGCUGAGUGUGUCUGUAAACACUUGAAGUGAUUUCAGUCCUGGCCCCCCACCGUGUCCUCAGGAGCCCUCCACUGACUUUUGAGGAAGUGGUGCAGGGAGUAAGAUUUCAUUCACUGUAUUUCACACUUUGAGAUGUUUAUGUAUCACAUAAUUUCACUUACUCAGUAUCUGAAUCUAUGGUUUAAAAUAUUGACUCAGUUAACUGACAACUGGCUCUAAAGAAGCUGUUACAGUGUGCUGCCAGCUUACACCUUAGGAAAGGAGAAACUGCUCUGUGGACUCUGUGAGUUUGGCAGAGAUGAGAGGAGAGUUGAAAGAUAAAACAUACAAGAAAUCUAAUCUAAAACCCUGGCCCUUUUGAUCCACUCUCACAUUGUAUACAGGAACUAAUGUCUUGCGAUUAAUGGAUUGCUCCUGUGUGCAAAACUGGAAAACAACUCAGAUCUUCCAUUCUUUGCUCUAUGACUCUGGACAUGAUAAAUACUUUGCCUCAGUGUCCCUGUUUUCAAAUGGGGAUAAUACCUACCUCACAGGGGUGUUGUGAGGCUUAACUAUUGUGUGAAGAGCUCUGAGAUCUGUUACUGGAAGGCACUGGAAAGAGGAUAAGAUUACCUGGCAUUUACUACUUCUGCAAAUGUAUUGCAAUACGUAGGCACAACCAGAGGGAACUGAGGAUAGUUUUGGCCUUAUGAAAUUAUUUGAUGCUGUGGUUUUCAGGUUUUUAACAGUAUUUAAAUAUAGAUUUUUUUAAAAAGAAUGUUUUGUUAGUGAAGGGAAUGUAGCUUUGCCUCCAGAUACAGAACACCUCCCUAGUUUGCAUUUCUAAUUUGUGUCUUGUAUCAUAAUUGCUCCUAAAUAGUACAAAAAAUAGUCCUGCUGCUUGGAUUGGCCCGAGUCAUGUUAGUGGUCUUACCCAAGCUCUCAGCAGAGCAUUGCAGUCAACUCUUGAUUAUCCAUGGGUGGAUUACCAGUGUUGUGCAUUACCUGUGCAGUCUGCGGAGCCAAGACCAGCCCUGUUUCACUCCACGCUCUGGCCAGGUGCUGGGUGCCAAAGCAAGGAAAGGUGGAGGUGCUGGCUCUGCUUCCAGCGAGCCCCAUCACAGGCCACAUUGCUGGGCUGCAGCACAGCACUGCCCGAGGGUUUUGCCCCUUGGCUGCUCAGAUGCAUCUGCAGGAAGCUGUGGGCUGUGGAUGGGUGGACUCGGCUUUGUGCUGGCUUGGGAUGGUGGUGCAUCGCAGCCACCAGCAUUGCUCAUCUUUUUCUGUGUUUAUGCUUGUUGUAUAGUCUCAUAAACUAACUUAAAUAUGUUAAUAUAGUAUUUAUAUAUGUUUUUGGGUUUUCUGAAUUAUCUGAACUCUUUUUUCUGUUACCUGUAUAUGAUCUAGAGUUGACUGUUAAAUGAGAUCUUGUAUGAGACUACGUUUGCCGAGUAUGCUACCACUGCUACUAUACUACAAAGUAUUAACCAAGUAAAUUUUGAAAUGAACAAAGUA